CAGGAGAUCGAGCGCCGGCCGCUGCCGACCUCGUGGGCGACCCUGUCGCACGUCACCAGCUGCGAGAACCUCGCCGAGGUCUCGCUGACCUCGGCUCUCCUCGAGGGCGGCUGGGCAGUGAUACCCGAGUGGUAUGCGGCCCUGGACAGGAUCUACGAGGUCACGGACAUGGUGGGCAGACAUGCCGUGGAGGAGCCCCUGGUGCCCAAGAGCGGAGCCGCCGCCGGCCAAGGAAGCCGGUGCGCCAGCGCCAGCCGCGUCUCCAGCCCAAGCCACAGCCGCAGCAGCAUCACGCCGCGCCUGGGCGCCCGCUGCACCGUGUCCACCACCGCCGCGUCUCAGGAGGC